AUGUGUAAAGUGCAAGCUAGGUUGUACGUUGGCGCUUUUGCAGUCAGGGUGAAAUGCAAGCGAAGUCGCGCCCAAACUCUUUCGUGGGCUGGAAGAACACUUUCCGUGUCUGCGAAUCUCCAGCUCUGUCCGGGACGCCGCCGCUGCCGUGACAACUGCUUCGCCGCCAGACGCCGAAGAAUCCCAUCUCCGCCAUCCUCAGCCGCCGAGAAGCCGCGACCCUCUCCGGUGCACCUACAUGCCGCCCGAUUCUCGCCGGAGCACGUCACCUUAGCCGGCGUCGUUGAUGUGGUCGCCAAUGCCAUCGACAAGCGGACGCCGGCGAGUGAGCAGCUACGAAGCAAUGGAGUGAACUUUAGUAAUGUGCAUAUGGCGGCGAUUUCACAGGAGGUGGUGGGGACUUGUAAAUGUACGGAGGAGGUGGGGAUGGUGAUGGUAGUGGAGGAGAAUUAUCAACAUACGGAGGUGGCGGUGAUGGUGAAGGAAGAGGUGGUGGAGGAGAUUUCGAUGGAGGCGGCGGUGGAGACUUGUAAAUGUACGGAGGUGGUCGGGAUGGUGAAGGUGGGGGUGGUGAUUUAUAAACAGAUGGAGGGGGAGGAGAUUUUAGUGGAGGUGAUGGAGACUUGA